UAGCUCUUAAGGCGGGACCCGCCUCCCAGGAGCCAACUCCGGAGCCCGAGCCCGGGGCGGGGAGACACCUACACCCGUUGCCUCCGGACCCCGGACAACUCAGGACGGACUGAGGCCGAGGUCUGCCCCGCCCGGGUCCCUCGGCUGCCGCCUUCUGGGACAGAAGAUGCUCUCCAGGAGCUACCUGCCGACGCCCUUGCUGCUGCUCCUGCUGCUGCUUGUAGGGCCCACAGUGCAGGGCUGCCCAUCUGGUUGCCAAUGCAACCAGCCACAGACAGUCUUCUGUACUGCCCGCCAGGGAACCACAGUUCCUCGAGACGUGCCACCUGACACAGUACGCUUGUACAUCUUUGAGAACGGCAUCACCACAAUUGAGGUGAGCAGUUUUGCUGGCUUGCCAGGCCUGCAGCUCCUGGACUUGUCACAGAAUCAGAUCACCAGCUUGCCAGGUGGCAUCUUUCAGCCACUUGUCAACCUCAGCAACCUGGACUUGACUGCCAACAAGCUGCACGAGAUCACUAACGAGACCUUCCGUGGUCUGCGGUGCCUUGAGCGCCUCUACCUGGGCAAAAACCGCAUUCGACACAUCCAGCCUGGUGCCUUUGAUGCACUUGACCACCUUCUGGAGCUCAAGCUGCAGGACAACGAGCUUCGGGUGCUGCCCCUACUGCACCUGCCACGCCUGCUGCUGCUUGACCUCAGCCACAAUAGCCUCCUAGCCCUGGAGCCUGGCAUCCUGGACACUGCCAAUGUGGAGGCAUUGCGGUUGGCUGGUCUGGGGCUGCAGCAGCUCGAUGAGGGGCUCUUUGGCCGCCUGGGCAACCUCCAUGACUUGGAUGUGUCUGACAACCAGCUGGAGUAUAUACCAUCUGUGAUACAAAGCCUGCGUGGCCUGACGCGCCUGCGGCUGGCUGGCAACACCCGCAUUGCCCAGCUGCGGCCUGAGGACCUGGCUGGCCUCGCUGGCCUGCAGGAGCUAGAUGUGAGCAACCUGAGCCUGCAGGCCCUACCCAGUGACCUUUUGGGCCUCUUCCCCCGCCUUCGUCUCUUGGCAGCUGCCCGAAACCCCUUCAACUGUUUAUGCACCUUGAGCUGGUUUGGGCCUUGGGUACGUGAGAGCCACAUCACUCUGGCCAGCCCUGAGGAGACUCGCUGUCACUUCCCACCCAAGAAUGCUGGCCGAUUGCUCCUGGAUCUGGAUUAUGCAGACUUUGGCUGCCCAGUCACUACCACCACAGCCACGGUACCCACCAUGAGGCCUGCUGUCAGGGAGCCCACACCCUUGCCUUCUAGCCUGGCUCUCACAUGGCCCAGCCCUACAGAUCCAGCUACCCAGGUCCCUAGCCUACCAGCCACUGUCCCACCAACCAUGAAGCCUGCUCCUCAACCACAGGACUGCCCAGUAUCUACCUGCCUCAAUGGUGGUAGCUGCCAAGUCGGUGAAAAGCACCACUGGGAGUGCUUAUGCCCUGAGGGUUUCAUUGGCCUGUACUGUGAGAGCCCAGUGGGGCAGGGGAUGAAGCCCAGUCCCAUGCCAGAGACCCUAAGGCCCCCGAGGCCCUUGCUUCUCAGCAUUGAGCCAGUGAGCCCCACCUCCUUGCGUGUGGGGCUGCAGCGCUACCUGCAAGGCAGCACUGUGCAGCUCCGGAGCCUCCGCCUUACCUACCGCAACCUGUCUGGCCCUGACAAGCGGCUGGUGACCCUACGGCUGCCUGCCUCACUUGCAGAGUACACAGUUACCCAGCUUCGACCCAAUGCCUCCUAUUCCAUCUGUGUCACACCCUUGGGGGCUAGGCGAGUGCCUGAGGGUGAAGAGGCCUGUGGGGAGGCCCGCACACCCCAAGCUGUCCGCUCCAACCAUGCCCCUGUCACUCAGGCCCGUGAAGGCAAUCUGCCACUCCUCAUCGCACCUGCUCUAGCUGCUGUGCUUCUUGCUGUGCUUGCUGCUGCAGGGGCAACCUACUGUGUACGGCGUGGCCGGGCAGCAGCUGCAGCUCAGGACAAAGGUCAGGUGGGACCAGGGGCUGGGGGGCCCCUGGAGCUUGAGGGGGUGAAAGCCCCCUUGGAGCCAGGCCCUAAGGUGACAGAGGUAAGUGGAGAGACACUGCCAAGUGGGCCUGAGUGUGCGGUACCCCUUAUGGGCUAUCCAGGGCCCAGUCUUCAGGGGACCCUCCCUGCUAAGCACUACAUCUGAGCCGGGAAAGAUGGAGCAGCCAGGGGCCCAGGCUCUCAGCCACCACCCUGCAGCUGCCACACAAGGAAAUUCUCAAUGUGUACUAUGGGGUAUAUGCAUGAUGGCACUAUGGGACUGUAGCCAGUCCCUGCCCCUCUCAGGGCUGGGUCCUCUCAUCUGUGAGCUGUUGCAACCUGUGAGCUCUCACAGCCCCAGCUCCAUUAUGUACAGAACAGGCACCUGCCAUCUUCUGCACUGUGCAAUCCUGGGGUAUGGGCCCUGCCACCAUGUGCUGGUAACAUGGUUGGGCCCUAUUGGACUUCCCCAGCCAUGUAGGACUUGAGACCAGUGAAGGAAGCCUCCAGAAAUAAUGGGUGGGGCAGUCCCUUGGCUGUGACCUCAGCCUGAGAAGCACAGGAACACUUGAAACUGGAAAGGAAGGUGCCCUGGGCACAUGCAGAUUUGCUUCUAAUUGUUUUGUGUUUUUUAAAAUAUAUUUAUAAAAGAUCUUUUCCCAUUUAUGCUGGGAAAAUGUUUUUCAAACUCAGUGACAAGGACUUUGGUUUUUGUAAAGACAAAUGGUGAUAUGAAGGCCUUUUGUAAAAAAAUAAAAAAUAAAAUGAGUUGACUGUC